AGAUCACAUAACGAGAAUCACCGGCUUCAAAAAGCAACAUGGCGGACAAAAAAGACGAAGGAAAAGAGAAGCAAGAGAAAGAAACAAAGAAACCAGAAGAAAAGGAGCAGGAAUUAUCUGAAGAAGACAAACAACUUCAAGAUGAACUUAAUAUGUUGGUUGAAAGACUGAAGGAGGCUGAUCAAAGGCUUUAUAAACCAGCCCUGGAGAGCUUGAGAUCCCAGAUCAGGGCCUCCACAACAUCAAUGACAUCUGUGCCUAAGCCACUCAAAUUUCUUCGUCCACAUUACGACUCACUGAAAGAAGUUCAUGAGAAUAUAAAAGAUGAUGAAACAAAGAGAUUCUGCGCUGACAUUAUAUCAGUGUUGGGAAUGACAAUGAAUGACAACAGGGACAGUUUGAAGUACAGAUUGAUGGGCUCCAAAGAAGAAAUUGGGUCAUGGGGUCAUGAGUAUGUCAGACACUUGGCUGGACAGGUGGCACAAGAAUGGCAGGAAACAGAGGAAACUAACAAAGAAAUGAGGGAGCGUCUCCUGAAAAUGACAAAGGAGAUUGUUCCCUACCACAUGGACCACAACGCAGAGGCUGAAGCCUGUGAUCUGUUAAUGGAGAUAGAAAAGCUGGACUUACUCAAGAAUUAUGUGGAUGAAAAUGCCUACUCUCGUGUCUGUCUGUAUCUUACAAGUUGUGUGCCCUAUGUGCCAGACCCCGAGAACACAACAUUAUUAAAGUCAGCUGUAGAAUUGUACAGGAAAUUCGACCAGUAUCCACAAGCCCUUCGAUUUGCCAUGCAGUUGAAUGACAUGGCACUCGUAGAGGAAAUCUUCCUAUCCUGUAAAGACAUUUUAAUGCAGAAACAGUUAGCAUACAUGUUGGGACGUCAGCAGAUUUUCUUAGAACUCAGUGAUGAUGUGGAGGAGUACGAUGAAUUAACAGAAAUCAUGUCUAAUGCUAACUUGAAUAACAACUUCAUGGCACUGGCCAGAGAGUUGGAUAUUAUGGAACCCAAGAUACCAGAGGAUAUAUAUAAAUCUCAUUUGGAACAAACACGGAGUACAUUAGGACCCUCAAAUGUGGACUCUGCUCGACAGAAUUUAGCUGCUUCAUUUGUUAAUGGAUUUGUAAAUGCAGGUUUUGGACAAGAUAAAAUAUUGAAAGAAGAUGGAAACAAAUGGUUACAUAAAAACAAAGAUCAUGGUAUGUUAAGUGCGACUGCUUCUCUUGGUUUGGUACUACUAUGGGAUGUAGACAGUGGCCUCACACAGAUUGAUAAAUACUUGUACUCAUCAGAGGAUUUUAUAAAGGCUGGUGCAUUGUUAGCUUGUGGUAUUGUUAACUCCGGGGUGAGGAAUGAAUGUGACCCUGCUUUAGCCCUAUUGUCAGAUUAUGUUUCUCAUAAUACAAGUAUCAUGAGGAUUGGAGCCAUAGUGGGACUUGGUCUAGCGUAUGCAGGAUCUAACAGAGAAGAUGUUUUAGCUUUAAUACUGCCAGUGCUGGGUGAAAGCAAAGCUAACAUGGAGGUAAUAGGAAUGGCUGCCUUGGCAUGUGGAAUGAUUUCAGUAGGAAGUAGUAAUGGUGAUGUGACCUCUACCAUCCUACAGACAAUGAUGGAAAGAUCAGAAUCAGAUCUGAAGGAAACCUACAGCAAGUUUCUGGCUCUGGGCCUGGCUCUUACAUAUCUAGGGAAGCAGGAUGCUGUGGAUGCCACGCUGGAAGCGCUGAAUGUGAUAACAGAACCACUUAAGUCAAUGGCCAGGAUGCUUGUAGAUGUCUGUGCAUACGCAGGAACUGGCAAUGUACUAAAAAUACAACAUUUGUUACAUGUGUGUUCAGAACAUGAUGACUCCAAAGAUCAGGAGAAUAAUGAAAAGAAAGAUGAUAAGAAGAAAGAUAAGGACAAAAAGGAGGAGAAAAAAGAAGAAUCCCCAAAUGCAGAUUUGUCUAUUCAACAGGGCAUGGCUGUACUGGGUAUAGCUCUGAUUUCCAUGGGAGAGGAUGUUGGAGCUGAAAUGUCUUUCAGAACUUUUGGGCAUUUGUUACGUUAUGGAGAGGUGGCCAUCAAGCGAGCAGUACCUCUAGCUCUUGGUCUGAUCUCGGUAUCCAAUCCUAAAUUACAAAUCCUUGACACCCUCAGCAAGUUCUCUCAUGAUAGUGACCCAGAAGUCUCCCAUAAUGCUAUCUUAGCCAUGGGAAUAGCGGGAGCAGGUACAAAUAAUGCCCGAUUGGCAGCCAUGCUCCGACAGCUUGCUGUCUAUCAUCAGAAGGACCCUAACAACCUGUUCAUGGUGCGUCUAGCCCAGGGACUGACUCACUUAGGGAAGGGCACCUUAACUCUCUGUCCCUACCAUAGUGACAAAGCUCUGAUGUCCCCAGUAGCUGUGGCUGGACUGAUGGCUGUCAUGACAGCUUGUCUAGAUGUCAAAACAUUAAUUCUUGGAAAAUCCCAUUACAUCUUGUAUCAUCUUGUCUCUGCAAUGCAACCGAGGAUGCUCACCACAUUUGAUGAAGAAUUGCGACCUCUCCCAGUUCACGUUCGAGUUGGCCAGGCUGUUGAUGUGGUGGGACAGGCAGGAAAACCCAAAACAAUCACAGGUUUCCAGACCCACACUACCCCGGUGUUGUUGGCAUAUGGGGAGCGGGCAGAGCUGGCCACAGAAGAAUACAUCCCUUUGAGCCCCAUUAUGGAAGGAUUUGUGAUACUAAGGAAAAACCCUGACUAUGAGGCUUAGACAUUUUUGUGUAAAUUAUUGUCAAGAACACUUGUGAACUUUUGUUUAUUAAGAAAUAUGUCUGUAAUGUUUAUUAAUCUAAUGAAGAAGAAAAAAUACAAAAUAAAAAUUGCAAAACGA